AUGCUUUGGACCGCUUUCCUCUUUCUGCUCUUCUUCACAGGUAAGUUUGGCGUAAUGCAUUCAGGUCUUUCGCAUUUCAGUAUCUUUUAUGUGUGUUGAAUAAGUUUGACUUUAAACUUGGAAAACUUGGAGGAUGAAAAACUGAAACAUUCUCCCAUUGGUUGGUUUUCUGUCCUUAUUUGCACGAGUCUUUUUAAAAGGAUUGGAUCGAUACGAAGGGGUUUAGUGCUUUCAAUCUGCUUUGAGUGUUUCCUGUUGACAAGAAUAAAAGAUUUCCAGACACCAGCCUGUUCAAAUGUAAAAAAAAGGAAAAUCGAGGCAAAAUCAAGACCAAAACUUCCAAAACAGCAGCAGUCAAAGGACGAAAUCGUUUUCUUGUUUAUUUGAUUUGAGUAAUGCUCUCAUUUAAAAAUCAUCACUGAACUGAUGAGAUAAACCCAAAUGUUCAGCCAGCGCCCAUCUCCUAAUGUCCUUCCUGUGACCACAAUGACCUAUAAGUAUCUACCCAAAGAGGUUAAUGCGUCCGGUUUCUCUCCAAUGAUAAGUCAUCCAGUGCUUGGAGAAAUCAGACUCUCAUUCAGCGGAUCAGAAUGAAUUCUUAUCCUGUCCUCUGUUGUUUCUUUUCUCUGCAUAGAUGAAGUCUGUCCUGAGAAAAACUGCAGUUAUCAGGAUGUGUUAAGCUUCCUGAAGUUGACUAAAAAGAACGAGCUGUUCUCCAUGACCCGGCCUGUUCAGAACUACAAACACCCCACCUACGUUUCCCUGGAGGUCCUUCUCUACGCCAUCCUGGACGUGGUAAGUCUCGAGGCUUUUAUUUUGAAAUUCUAAAGUGUCAUUUAAUACUAACUACUAUCUAACUGCAAGAACACUUUCUACAUAUUUUUUAGUCUUGUUUAAAGUUUUAUUGGUGAAAUGACCAGACUGACCAAACUGUCCAGACUCAAACAGUUAUAAUGUCUCAAAAAUGUUCAUUUUUUUCCCACAAUUCAGUUCAAACUAAAAAACUUCCAAAUAUUUUAAGUCGUAAUUAUCAAGAAUUAAACAAAAAAGUCUUGUGAUAUUUCACUUUUGCGUGUGAUGAAUCUGGGAUAAAUGAAAGUUUCAAUUUUUGAACUGAAUUAAAGGAAAAAUGUGAACAUUUUUGGGGCAGUUGCACAUCUCUUCUUUUUUUGCCUUAAAUAUCUUUUCCUUCUUAAAGGGAUAUUCCAGCGUAAAAUAAAUUUAGGGUCAGAGUCAGACACCCCCUGAGAGAUGAAUGUUGCCGACCGCUUGCUUCUCUAAUUAGUCCAACUUUAGUAACGACCGCACGAUAGCAAUAAACAGCAGUCUGAAGGGCUAUAAACAAACCUCGACCAAAACGCCACUCUAUAGCCCAAACUAAUGCUCAGAACAGCACCUAACUUCAUCAACAAAUCCGGGGUGGAUUUUCAUCUUUUCUCUUUUUGUAAACAGGUUGAAAAGGAGCAGAAAUUCAUCCCGUAUGUUUGGACGGUCAUGGUGAGUUCUGUUGGAUUACGAUGGAAACUCAAGUCUCUGAUAUUGUUCCAAAAAUGUCAGAUCGAUUGACCGAUUGGCUCUUCCAUUUAUCUCCACCCUUGUGUUAACGGUCUAUCCUCCUGUUUUUGACCCUCUGUUCUUCUUAGUAGAGGUGGCACAAUGAAUACAUUUACUGGGAUCCCAAUCAUUUCUGUGGAAUUGAUAACGUCUCUCUUCCUGCUGACACUCUGUGGAAACCAGAUCUCACCAUUGAGGAAAUGUAAGCCUCUGAAUUUCAAACAGGAGACCUUUUACAUGGAUGUUUAACAAAAUUCAGAACUCACAUCAAAAUAUCUCCUGAGACACUAACCCACUGGGGUGUACCGAUUUGGAAAAUCUGGUAUUGGGUUGUUACUGUUGUGUCCCCUUGUUUGCUUGUAGGACCGAGAAGGACAAAGCCCCUCCGAGUCCUUACCUCACCAUCAACAAUAAAGGUUAUGUGGAAGUCCAGGACGACAUGGUGCUGGUGAGCACCUGCAGGAUGCAUAUUUACCAAUUCCCCUUCGACAUACAGAAAUGCAACCUCACCUUCAAGUCCAUCAUACACACAGGUGAGUCUGUCUGAGUUUAACCUCAUAAAUCCGAGAUUAAAGUUAGAACUCUGAGAUCCUGGUCGCAAUAAUGACCGUGCCGCUCUUUGAGUGAAGCAGUCCAGCCACAAUAUAAGUAGGGUCUUUGGUAUUUUAACAGGCUAAAAUAAGAAAACCUUAUUACUGAUAUGAAAGCCUGACUGGACACUGUACUUGGGACCUCAGUUUAAAUUAUCUGAUACAUUUGUCUCAUUUUGAGGAAUAAUUUUGCUAAGACCUCAGAUUUCCCAUUUACCACCAUUCGAUUCUGAUGAGUCGCGCUCAUCUACUGAAGUUGAAGUCCUGAGAUUACAGUCAUAAUCCUGACAUUAAUGCUGGGAUACUGACUGAAGUACUUAUUUUAAGAGCUUAAGUCAAAAUCCUGAAAAUAAAGUUUUAAUUAUAAGAAAAAAAGUCUGAAUUAAGAGAAUAAUUUAGGAUUCUGAAAAAGUCAGAAUUAUGCGUCUAAAUUGUAAGAUUUAACACAACAUUCAGACUUCUUUCCCCAAAAUUCUGACACAAAACUAAUUCUAACCAAAAUGUGAAAAUUCUGAAAUUAAAGUUGGAAUUCUUAUAAAAAUGUUGUUUUGUGAGAUUUUAGUCAGAUCUGCUUUUCUCGCUGAAUUUUGGGAUUAAAUUAGAAAAGAAAAAAACUCUUUGAUUGAAAUUAAAUCUCUGAGUAUAAAGUUUGAAUUUUUAUUUUCUGAUUUUAUUCCAUUUAUUUAAAAAGCUACGCAAAACUAUUUCAAAGAAAUACCACUGACUCCAUAAUCUAUCUUUUUCCUCUGGGGUUUUACCAUUUAUUAUUUAUUCCUUUCUGUUACCCCCAUCCUCAUCAAUGAAGCCAAGGACAUCCGACUCCUGGCAAGUGACAACUCCUCUGAGGCCACAGAGUGGUCUCGUGAGGUGAUGAGGACUCAGUAUGAAUGGCUCUUCCUCAACAUGGGUGUAACCACCAUCAACGCCACUGAUUCGGUCAGCCAAGACUUCAUCGUUUACACUGUGAGUACAGCUCGUACAGGUAGGGUGACCUUACGUCCCCUUUACCCGGACAUGUCCUCUUUUUGGGGGACUGUCCGGCCUUGUCUGGGGAAGUUUAUAAAAUCCUUUAAAUGUCUGAACGGAAGUUUCGAGUUUGUGUCACGCGGACUUACUGAGUUAGAAGUGUUUAAAAGACAUUCGAUCCGACCUGAAAAACUCAUAAAAUUAACCUUGUAACCUUCUUUUUGGGGAUCCAGACUAUAGUCACCCCACAUAAAGGUGAACUCAGAGGUGACCUGAAGCACCAACAUUUCAAUUUUCAGUCGUGAGAGACUUGGUUAAAAGAGUCAGUUGGGAGUUUGGAGCUGGCCUAUAGACAGUGAGGGACGAGUUAGCCCUGGUUGGGAUGGCCAAAAUGGACUAAAUGUAGACAAGUCUGGUAGACACAGGGAACCUGAGGGAGGGCGGUGCAGAUAGCACUCUCUAUCCACCACUCAUCAGUCACCUGACUGGCCACUGACACCAAGAAUUCAUGUCAUCUCUGUCGCAUGAGUACCUCCAGUCUCAGAGCCUCCGUUUGCACAAAUGUCCUCUGGUGUCAGAGUUAUCAGUUGCUUCACUCUCUGACUCGAUUUCACAGAUCACCAUGAAGAGGCGAUCUAUUCUCUACAUCGUGAACUUCUUGCUCCCCGUCCUGUUCUUCUUGUGUCUGGAUUUGGCCUCUUUCAUGGUCUCGGACAGCGGGGGCGAGAAGCUCAGUUUCCAGGUCACUGUGCUGCUGGCUGUCACAGUGUUACAACUGAUCCUGAAUGAAAUCCUGCCAGCCUCGUCAAACAAGAUUCCACUUAUCGGUAACAGAGUUCAGACUUAAAUGAUCUGCUUAUACAACUUUUUCCCCCCGAUCUAACGUCUUAAUCUGCCUUUCUCAGCGGUCUACUGCAUUGGGGUUUUUGCUCUGAUGCUGCUCAGCCUCUUGGAGACCAUCUUGGUGAUGUAUUUGAUGGAAAAGGACUCAGUUUCCAAAGACAGCUCAUCAGACAGAAAGGAAAGCUCGAGUGAGGAAUUUAAUAAACACGUGAUCUUCCACAAUCAUCACAGAGGUGAGACCAUGACACAGCACUAAACCUUAGACACAUAUACUGUAUAUUCACUUUGUUACAUAAUCUGAUUUGUUUGGACACGCCUGUGCUUAAACAGUGUCACAAGGAAGGAUUUCGUACCUGUUGGUGGUGAUAGAUUAGCCAAGGGAUAUUCUGGCAUAAAAUUAAGUUAGGGUCAAACACACCAUAACACUCUAUAGCCACAAAUAAUGCUCAGAACAGCACCUAACUUCAUCAACAGUACAUAUAGGCUUGUUUGUACAGAGACCUCAGGUCAGUUCAUUAUGGACUGCUGCGGGGUGACACAGCUCAAGGAAGAACAUUUAUGAUCAUUUCUUAAUCAUUUCCUUGAAGUAAUAAUCAUCAUAUUAAUCAUUUUGCACUGCAGACUCGGUAGUGUUUUGGCCUUAGUGUCUCGGUCUGAUUGUAUUUCCAUGAAGAAAUGAUCAUAAAUGUUUUUCCUUGAGCUGAGUCACUCCGCUGUAGUCCGUAAUGGACUGGCCUGAGGUCUUGCUACAAACAAGCGGCUGCUGGAAGAGAGUAGGUGAGUUGUCUUUAGUCUCUUUGCUGAAGAAAUUAGGCAAAGUUAAAAAGACGUUUGGUGUCUAGUGCUGUGGCCGGGACCCUAUAUGUCCUGUUGAUGAAGUUAGGUGCUGUUCUGAGCAUUAUUUGUGGCUAUAAAGUGGCGUUUUGGUUGAGCAUGGCUCUCUGUAUUGCUAUCGUGCAGUCAUCUCUAAAGUUGUUAUAACUAGAGAAGCAAGCGGUCGGCAACAUUCAUCUCUAGACGGGGUGUGUUUGACCCUAACUUAAUUUUACACCGGAAUAUCCCUUUAAGGCUGCUAAUCUAUGAUGUUUUUAUUUCUUUGACUAUAAAUAAUAUUCUUGUUCAUUCAGCUGAACCUAUAUUUGGUUAAAAACUGCAUUUUCAGACAUGAACAAAUGGAAUCAGUGUGGCUGUAUCCAUGAUGGAUCGACUGGUGAAACCCCAUCUGAGCUCCUGCCUGUGGCCAAAGAGGUAAAAAAAUAUUGAUGCAAACUAACUGUCGUAAUAUUUAAAUUUUGGCAGCCAAUAUCUUAAUCCAUUGUUGUAAGUCAUAGCCAUGUUUGCAGGGCAACAGCAGCAAACUGAUGGAGGAGUUUCUUGCCUUGGAGAAGCUCUCAGAGGAGCUGAGGAAGAUCGAGAAAACUCUGUCCCUGCUUCUCCAAAACAUAAAGAAAGAGGAGACGCCCGGCUACUGGACCAGAGUCGCUCAAAGACUCAACAAAUUUUUCUUUGUUUUCUAUGUCACAUUGGUCAGUCUGUUUUUAAUUGUUUUAUUCUCAAAAUGGAACAGUGCAUAGAGAUUAAUGCUGCUUUAAGAGGAAAAUACAGAUUAGAGACCAUUAUCUGUGUUGUAACUACUGCACCCAUAGAUACUAACUGAACUCUGAACAGUAUUCUGCUGGAAGAUGAGCACUUAUAACAGCAAUGUUUCCUACACAGUGGUUUGUUUCAAGGCUAAUGGGACGUGUGUACCCAGCUUUUUAAAUAUGUAUGCAGUGGUACUAUAGAUUGGUAUCAUUGCUUGUAUAUUUUACAUGUAAUUCAUAUAAGGCACAAAAUUAGUUUAUGAUAUUGGUGCAACUGUAUCAUCAUAAUCUUCAACACUGGCUUAUUUCAGGUUCAUAUCUAUUGUAUUUUUCCAGUAACAUGAUGUAUAUGCUUUCACUUGUUUAUCAGAUUCUUUAAAAGAAAAAAAAAUCAUUUAAAUAUAUAUCUGUCAAGUUGUGUUUCUUUCUGUGUCAAUACUAGGAAGUAUAUGGUGGUCAGUGGUCUUGACUUUCGCCUUCAGUGCACCAGGAUAACCUUAUAUGACAAACAAUCCUCCAAAUGACGUUGUAUUGCAUUUUCACUCUUUCACAUACAAUUUUGUUUUUUGCACAUUGUGGGGACCAUGUAUUUUCUGGUCCCCUGUGAGGACCUACUUUUGUAAAUUUGAAUCUAUAUCAAUUCAUAGUUUGAUUUAUAAUUAAUUUAAACUGAUUUCAUCUCCCAUUUUGACGCUGUAUGAUUAAAGUAAACAAGUAGAUCAAAACCAUCAUAUGCGUCCUCUCCGGAUGAGUCCUCGGUGAGAACAGCACCCCCUGGUGAGUGGUUGUGGUAUAGGUCAUAAACCCUGCCUUCUUCAGAAAAAUGAAUGGAGCUGCGGACAAACUUUAAAAUCUUAAUACAAGUCAUACAAUUUUUUUCGCCCCUGGUUGCGAAAACAUGUAGUUAUUUUUAGACUGGUUUGUGCUCCAGUUCUCUUUUUUUUCUGUGCAGUCCCAUUUAUUAAAGUUAUUAGGGGGUUAUAAAAACAGGAUAUGACAUCAUAUUUCCUAUGAUUGACACUUGGAUACAGUCAAUGGGCGUAAGAAGGUUGCGUAGGACAUCCAGGGGUACGCUAUUUGAGCAGAGCAUCAUCACAGCGAUUCUCCCGCCGAAUACUACCAUGCAAAUGCCGGUUUCAGGAAAUGAAGAAAGUUUACGUACAAAGAGCAAUUUGGCCUCAAAAUGAUGGGAGGUGGAGUUGUUUUGUUUUUGUCCAAUGUAGGUGUGGCAGGUAGGAUUCAGAGGCUGCAUGCCAGCGCAGUUCAUGUGUGUUGGGUAAAUUUACUCCUGGGACACGUCCUUUGGUAGACUGCCUCCCACUCACUGCCCCCUUCCCUUUUUGUUAAUUUUAACUAUCUGAAAAGUGUUUUAUUGAUUAAUUGUUAAAAAGAAUUAACUGUAAUACACUUUUCUUAUCAAUUUAUCCAAUUACAGACUCAAACUUUCAUUACCAAUUCAUCGCUAACUCCUUUUUGUUUCUUUCAGCAGAUACUUCAGCAUUUUUACAUUUAAUAUCAUGAAUUUUUAUUUUCGCUUUAAACCACAUUUCUGUCUCGUAGACUUUCUCGAAUCUGUGUUUGCCUUUUUUAAAUGGUUGGGUAAGUUCCUUGGGUGAAAGUCCCUAGGUGGCGUUGUUGCAUUACCUUUAGCAUAAGUCUGACAUUACCCCCUCUCCCACAUAGGGACCAUCUAUUUUUUUAAAGUCUCAUGCAUGGUCUAUUUCUAUAAGUGGACCUUCAAUUUUACUGUCACUUUCAAAUUUGGUUGUACGUUUAUUUUAUUCCUCAUGGUCAUUUUAUUAUUUAUAACUUUAUGUUCAUUCAAGCUCUCUUAAGGAAUUUUCAGCUGGUUAUGAAACAGACUGGAAUUAUACAUUAAAAUCUUUGUCUACCUUUUAAGAUGUUAUAUGAAUUUUAAAAAUCCGAUUUGUCAUCACUUCAAGACAUUAAAUUAGUAAAGUAGCUUACUUUCAAGAAGAGAAUAACACACAAAAAAGUAAAUGUGAAUGUUUAAACACUGAUUUCUUCAUCAAACUACUUUGCCUGGGAGGCGAACUGCUUUGGUUUCAUAACAUAUUAACUGCGGGGGAUGGUACUUACUGGCAGAUUCAUUGCAUUAGGCACAUCCCUCAUUGGAGUGAUUCGAUAAAUAGUGGUCAGUGAUGAAAACAACUUGGCUUUCUGUGGGGCAGUGAUAUUGAAACACUCUAAGGACUGACUCUUUGGCUGUCCAGACCUUCAUACAUCAGGAUGUUUGCAGGAUUACUCUUUCUGCUCAUCACAGGUAAGAUAACAUUUUGUAUGGUGCAUAGGGAAUAUAGUGCACAGGUCUACAACUUGGCUACAGUUACUUUUAGGAUUCUUGUGUUUUUUUCAAAUAUAUUACAACAAGACUGCUGAUGAGGGGGUUAUUACAGGUCAGUGAAAACCAGCAGAGGAUGGCUUUUCUCUCUACCAUAGGAUUCCUGGUGUACUGACUCUAUUUAUAAUAUUUUUGAAAUGUCAAGUCAAAGCUAGAAUAAUUAACAUUUAAACAAAGGCUACAUAUUUAGAAAACAAUGUGUUAAACUUCAUACUGUAAAGUUAGACUACUUUGAUAAUCAAAUGUUUUCGUCAGUGUCAGUUGUGUCCAGAUUCUCUGGUUUGAGAGCUUGCAGACAGAAUCUUUCAGCUUCAAUACGUAAUUUUCUCUAAAAUCAAACUAUAAACAGAGAGUUUAUUACUUUUCCAAAUACACUGACAUUUAAUGAACUAGUGCUCUUUUUUUUUUUGGUCAGCUGGCAAUGCAUCAAAUGACACAGAAUCAACAGAGUUUACUGAUCAACAGAUGGACAACCAAGGCUCUGGUGAUGGUAUGUUACUGUAAAAUGUGCAAAAAGUUAUAGCUCUGAGUGUUUAUCUUCACAGUUUUUUGAAGGCUGUUGGAAUUAACUUGUAUAUUUUUGUUACAUUUAAAAUGAGUACUUUCAAUCAAUCAAUGAAUAAAUAAAUGCAUCAAAUUAGAGAAUGUGGUGGAGCAAAGAAGGGUGUGGUUGGAAAAGUGUUUUUAUGCUAAUAUGUUAUUAUGAAUACAACAUCUACCCUCUGUUUUAGUAAAGUUUACCUUUUAAAAAGGGGGUUUAUUGUUUGCUUUAAAGUUGCAGUAAAACUUAAAACCUGUGUCCUUUUUUUUCCAGACAGAAUUCCCCCCCGGGGAGAAGCACCACCAUUUUUCUUUAAUAAUCCCAAUAUCAGGAAACCAAACAUGGAUAAAAGUAAGUACCUGAAACAAACUUUUAAUAAUCCAAGCUCAGGGUGUGUAAGAAUUUAAUUUUUGUAGUUUUCAGUGAAGAAAAAUAUUUUUUCAGAUGCAGCCUUUUUAGCACUCUGUGGUUUAGGAUGUGCCUUACUGAAUCAGAUCAACAAAAACAGGGAGGUCAGAGUUACACUAAUUAACUUAAGAAUAGGGGCUAUAGAUUUAGAAAAUGAAUUCUUACUAUUGUCUCUAAAAUCAAAACUUAUUUUGACAUCUAAUUAACCUUUUUUUUUUUUUUUUUUUUUGGUCAGCUGGCGAUGCAUCAAAUGGCACAGAAUCAACAGAGUUUACUGAUCAACAGAUGGACAACCAAGGCUCUGGUGAUGGUAUGUUACUGUAAAAUGCGCAAAUUAGAGAAAUGUGCUGGAGCAAAGAAGGGUGUGGUUGGGAAAGUGUUUUUAUGCUAUUAUGUUAUUAUGAAUACAACAUCUACCCUCUAUUUUAGUAAAGUUUACCUUUUAAAAAGGGGGUUUAUUGUUUGCUUUAAAGUUGCAGUAAAACUUAAAACCUGCGUGCUUUUUUUUUCCAGACAGAAGUCCCCCCAGGGGAGAAGCACCACCAUUUUUCUUUAAUAAUCCCAAUAUCAGGAAACCAAACGUGGAUAAAAGUAUGUACCUAGAAUCAACUGUUAAUAAUCCAAGUUUGGGUGUGUAAGAAUUUGAUUUUUGUAGUUUUCAGUGAAGAUAAAUCUGUUUUCAGAUGCAGCCUUUUUAGCACUCUGUGGUUUAGGAUGUGCCUUACUGAAUCAAAUCAUCAAAAACAGGGAGGUCAGAGUUAUACUUAUUAACUUAAAAAUAGGGGCUAUAGAUUCAGAAAAAUGAUGUCUUACCCUUGCCUCUAAAAUCAAAGUGAUGAAAAAAGAUCAAACAUAUUUUGACAUCUAAUUAACCUUUGUUUUAUUAUUAUUUUUUGGUCAUCUGGCGAUGCAUCAAAUGACACAGGAAACAGGAAUUGAUACAGGAAAUCUUUCCUGCCACAAGCUAUUGCACUAUUUAAUAACUCACAUCUGUCAGACAGGGACUCACAGCUGUCUGCUGUAUAGUCCAUUUUUAAAACUCCUACCACAUCACAAUACUGAGCACCUUAAAUUGUUCGUUUAUUUAUCAUCCCAUCUGUAAUAUUUCGCAUUUCAUACUUAUUACUCAUUUCAAUAGCCCACGUUCUUCAUAUCUCACUUUUACCUCUUAGGAUGUUUAGUAUAUUAAGUUGGUAUUUAUUGUAUAUACUUAGUAUUUUUAGUCUGCACGGUACAUACUUCUUAUAUUUAAUUUUAUUUUAUUUUGUAUUUUUUUGCUGCUGUAACAAGAGAAUUUCCCUCAUCAACCGAUGGACAACCUGGGCUCUGGUGCAGGUAUGUUACUGUAAAACUUGCAAAAGAAUAAUAGUUCUGAAUGUGUAUACACAUGAUUAUCUGUUUUAUUCAAGAUAAGAUAAGAUAUAUACCUUUAUUUGUCCCACAGCAGGACAUUCCAACUUUUUUCUUUUUUUUUUUUUUGUUUCUGCUAAAUUUAAAAAAGUAUUUUCAACAUGGUGUGGUCUGAGAAUAUAAAAUUUUGUUACUAUGGACAGGUUUUGUUAUAGUGUGAACGUUUUCCUGUGAAUAUCAGUGUGACAUUUACCCUCGAUGUUGGUUAAAAAUUGAGACCUGUGCACUCUGUUUUUAGAUGUAGGUACCUCUGAUAUUGCAGCACCACCAUCCUUUCAUCAGGACCGAAUCAGGGAUAAAUGUUUGUACUUUAACUGUCAAGAGUGUGAGUAAGAACUUUAUUUUUAUAGUUUUUAAUAAAGAAAACAAAUCUGAUUGAACCACUAGAGUAACAAGAAUAAAAAAAACUAACUAAAUAACUAAAACUUGUAGCAACCCUUGCUACAGACACUUUACUGCGUUGCACAGGGCAUGACUUCUUUCUUCUCUCUUUCGAUACUUGCAGAUGGAGAGCCUCUAGAGUGUAAUAAAAACCACUGGGAUGUUAUAAAUCACAUAAAUCUCCUCAAGAAUAAGGAACAGUUCUCCUUUAUCAGGCCUACCAUGAACCCCAAAAAGGCAACAGUAGUGGACAUAGAUUUUCUUCUCUAUGCCAUUCUGGAUGUGGUAAGUGGCUGAUUUUAAAAGAGCAAAGGUUGCUGCUUGAUCAUUACUGGUGUUAUAAAUAUAAACCAUCUUUUGACUGUCCGUCUUUGUUGCAUAUGAUUUUAAAGUGAAUUCUAUUAACACAUUUUUCCCCACAGAAAGAGAAGGAACAAACAUUUGUUUCAUAUGUUUGGGUUGAUAUGGUGAGUUCUCUCUGGGUGGGAAAGUCUUUCAAUAAAUUACCAUUCGUCAGGAUAUUAAAAGGCUUCAAUACUUUUGAGUAAAUGUCCCCCUUUCCCGCUCUUGUUUUACUUUGUAGCUUUGGGAUAAUGAUUUUAUUAGGUGGGACCCUGAUGACUUCUGUAAUAUCAAAACAGUGGCUCUGCCAACAAAACUACUGUGGCAGCCUGAUAUAACUAUUGAAGAAAGGUAAGUUCUAUGCCAAGUACACACUUCUACUCCCUGAUAUUUUGUGAGGAACUUGUAUCAGUUUUGGUGUCCCCUAUGGACCAAGGUAUACCUCUUAUCUCCUUGCUGCUCUUGGUAUUUGACAUCCUACAUAUGACCACAGAUAACAUAGUCUUGGGCACUAGGCAAACUUUGAAUAAGUGUAAUCUUGUCCGUUGCUUCUUGCCAAUGUUUGACCAGGACGGAGAAGGAUAAAGCCACUCAGAGUCCUUUCCUCCACCUCCGUCAUGAUGGUUUAGUACUUCUAAGGAAUGACAUGGUGCUGGUCACCACCUGCAAGAUGCGAGUUUACAAAUUCCCCUUUGACACACAGAAAUGCAACCUGUCCUUUAAGUCCAUCAUAUCUGAGGGUAAGAGUAUGAUGAGGUGUUCUAUUUUGGAAAUAGUGUUUCUUCAUUUAGUGCUUGUGUAAGAGUACCUGUUUGUGGUCUACUAAUCUUUUUGUUGCCUGAAUAAAUAUAUGAAACAAUUUUUCUUUGUAAGGGAGCAGUGAAAUACUUUAGUUUUAAUUUGCUGUUUUUCUCUACAGAUAAGGAAUUAGUGCUUGUUCACGGUGGUGACAAAAACAGAACCAAAAAGUGGUCUCAAGAGAUGAUGCGGACCCAGUCAGACUGGCUUUUCAUCGACAUUGAAUUAACCAACAAAACUGUUAACAAUUUUGAGAUAUCUCAAAGCAUGCUUGUUUACACUGUAAGUACUUCUGCAUUUUUCCUUUCAGAUGGUAGAGAUGGCUGUCUAAAAACCUUUCACAUAUUUCUCUCCGCCCAUUUGCAUGGUGUGAAAUACAAUCUGCCUGAAACACGUAGUGUUUUAUUUUGAAAAGAAGCCAGAUGUUUUAUUUGCGUCUGUGCCCAACUUCCUUUCCAGCACGGACUAAUCUGUGCUGAAUUCAUGGGGCAUACUGUGGCGUCCGGAAAAAAUAGAACUCUUGUGAUUGGCUGUGGAGUCCGCUGAUCCGCAGUGAAACAGAACAUUGGAAAUUGAGAAAUUAAAUUUAAUGGAAAUGACCAGCUGUGAUCGGCACAUUCAGCCUUUUGCAGCCAUUCAGGAUGCGGUGGAAAUUGGGGUUAAGAAUAUGAAUCAACUGUUCCCAAUCCCUAAUUGGAACAGCCUGAGCCGAGCCUUGCUCUGUCAUCUUGAGUUGAUUGCAAAAUUACCCUUGAGGCUGACCAAAAGUCCCCCUCAGUAGCUUCCCCAAGCAGACAGGUUUUUGCUUUCGCAACUACCAAAGUCACGACCCUCAAAGUCACCCUGUCCCCAUCUGCUGCGACUGGAAACCCCUUUGCCCUCUUUCAGCUAGACCGUUUCCUUCACAACCAGCAUCCACCAACAGGCCAGUCUUCUGGCCACUGGUCCUGGCAGCUGCCUCCACUAUGGAGGUUAUGAACAUGGACCACUUGGACUCCAAUAGUUCUUCCUGAGGUGGUAGUUGGGGACUUUGCAGACAAGGGCCUCUCCCCAGAAUACCCUUACUUAAUUAUUAGGCUUACCAAGUCCGUGCUGAUAGUUGGUGAUAACCGUGCCCCAUGUUAGGAAUUCUAAAGCUCUCACAUGGUCUAUAUGGGACACCAAACAGUAGAGGGUGGCAGUAGCUCAGGAGGUAGUGCAGUCAUCCAAUAAUCAAAAGGUUGGUGGUUCGAUCCCUCCCUAUCCCGAGUUUGUUCGUUGUGUCCUUGGGCAAGACACUUAACCCACCCCGUCCCGGUGCGUGUCCUCCACUGGUGUAUGAUUGUGAGCGUUGUGUGGUCAGAGAGGCUGUAGGUGCAAACUGGCAGUCAUGUUUCUGCCAGCCUGCCCCAGGGCAGCUGUGACUAAGGUAGUUUACCGUAGUUUACCAUCAUGACUGUGUGAGCAAAUGAAUGAUAUAUCCAAUGUAAAGCGCUUUGAGGGUCUCUGAUAAAGCACUAUAUGAAAUAUAAUGCAUUAUUGUUAUUAUAAGAGAAUCAGGGGCUUGUUUAUUUACAUUGAGGGAGGGGAUGGUCUCCAGAAAGACAGACUGUGAAAGGGAUCGGUGAGGACGUGACGUCAGGCAGCAUUGCGCAAAAUUUUAAGGGGUCGAGGAGCCAGGAAAACCAUGACUACAAAGACUACAGUGACACAGACGAAUAAAAAGACAAAAGCAGAGACACAACCAAACCCUUUGGAGUGAAGACAGUGAGACAGGAUUGGUUACAACUGUGAUACUAUACGGUCAAAAUGAAUCACAAACCCUUGACCCUUAAACAUCAUUUCACAGAUCACCAUGAAGAGGCGCUCAGUGCUCUACAUCGUCAACUUCAUAUUACCUGUCCUGUUGUUCUUGGGAUUGGAUUUGGCCUCCUUCAUGAUCUCAGACAGAGGUGGUGAGAAGCUCGGCUUCAAGGUUACAGUACUGCUCGCCGUCACAGUGAUGCAGCUUAUUCUGAAUGAAAUCUUGCCGUCCUCUUCAGACAGGAUCCCACUUAUAGGUAAAUGAAAGCAGUUACUCUUGCAUUUUUGAUUGCUUCUCAAUGAUGAAAUGUUAGCAACGAUUUGUAAGUAUCUUCUUUUCAUUCUUAGCGGUCUACUGUAUCGGGAUCUUUGGCUUGAUGAUGCUGAGCCUCCUGGAGACGAUUUUGGUGAUGUAUCUGAUUGAGAAAGACUCAGAACCCCAAGAUGAGAUGGAUAAAGUCAAAUGCACGAGUGAGAAACUCAAGGAUAAGCGAUGCAAAGCCUGCAUUCGUAGCUGUUUCAGAGGUGAGAGUCACAGCUGUAUUCCACAGGAUACGGAACGGCUGCGCUCCUCUGCAGAAUGGCAUCCUGAUCAAAUACGCAAGCAUUAUAAUCAAUGUGCGUGAUUCCGCUGCAGAUCCACUCUGGCGGUCAGAUCAGAUACGCAAGGUUUCUAUUUUUGCCAGCAUGAGCGGCAGCAGAAGUUGUAUGUGGUUACAGAGUAAAAUAUCCAGUAAAUUUUCAAAAUAAGAAAGUCAAUACUUUGAACUGUUCUUCAUGUGAUAAUGGGAGGGGCCCGGGUUGUGGGAUGUGGGUGUUUACAUACACUGCCGAUCUCAUUCAAUAUCUCAUGGUGAAACAUGCGAGAUCUUGUGAGAUCUCGUCCAGUCUUGCGAGAAGUAUCUGUAAUAUUGCAAGCACUUCUCCUCCAGAGAUCGGAUCUGGCGCUGUACGCUUGCGUUUUUGACCCGCCUGCCGUUCCAGGGCAGAUCUUCAUGCGGUGGAAUACCGGCGUCACGAGUACAAACGUUUUUAUACAUACCUUUGGGGGUCAAAUCUUUUUUUGGCACAAUUCUCACAAAUUUUUUGCCUCAGUUACUUUUUUAAUCCCUUAAAUAACUCACCUGUUGGUUGUAGUAAGUGUUUUAGUCGCACUAAUCUGCCUGAUGAAUUGUUCCAGACAUGAAGACAUUUCUUCACUGUGAUUUUUCUUCUGAUGAACCGCCAUCAAAACUGCUUCAAAUGGCAAAGCAGGUCAGGAUGAAGAGCUGUAUUUUAAAAAAUGCACUCAUAAAAUUAGUCCAUGUAUAUAACGAUACCUUAUUCAACGACUUUUUCAGGAAAGCCACGGCCAGCUGACGGAGGAGACUCGUGAGUUCGAAAAGGAGGUGUUGAAAGCUUUAUCUCUGCUCCUCAGCAUGAAAAAGGAAGAAGAGAAGCCCAGAUACUGGACCAGGAUGACCAGAAGAAUCAACAAAGCUUUCUUCAUCUUUUAUGUCGUUACUGCUGUUGUGUUUUUAGCUUUCAUGUUUCACAAGUGGAAUCAAGAAGAUGCAGUUUAGUUCAAUAAUGGAUAACUCACAGAAAACGGGUUUGUCUACUCUGAACUGUAGUCUCAGGAAGCCCAAAAUGAGCCCUCAGGAUUAUCAUUGAAAAAAAUGCUGGAUUAUCAAUCGAGAUCUGGAAACCAAACAGCUGUUAUUUUAUUUUUGUCCCAAAACCAGAAACAGGGUAAACGUUGACCCUUUGGUCAUUUCUUUCCUCCUUUUGCCAAUUUUGAAUUAAACACUGAAAAGGUCUCAUGGUUUUCAUUUAAUGGUUUCAAAUAAAAAACAAAGUCACCCUUAAUCACAGUUGGUAAAAAAAACCAAUGCUACCCCAACCAAAAUGUAAGUAAAGUUGGACAAAAACCUGGGUAUAAUAAAACAAAACUGUCCUUUACAUGUAUUCAGUAGUAUUGUGUUGUUUGCGGUGGUGUUCUUUGGUAUCUCUGUUUGCAUUACUCAGAUUCAAGAACUGUUCAUUCCAAAGUUCACACAUGUAUUCAUAUAGACAUUGUUGAUAUUUGCUGUCUUUGUUGGCUCUGCAGAAAUGUGUAAAAAAUAAACAAUGGAAAAGCAUUCUGAUUUUAGUCGUUUCUACACAGGGGAAUGAAGACAGCUUUGCAGGACUGAUUAAACAAAGAGGGGGGUUCCUACACAGUUGGAAUUUCCAUACUUUUCCAUACCCUACUUUUUAGAAUUAUUUUUGGAAAUACCUACUUUUCAAUUUUUGGAAAACAGUGUUUUAGAACUGGGGUUAUAGUCUGGAAACAGAUAUUUUUCCAUACUCUAUUUCUCAUUUUUCAUACUUGGGGGCGGCAGUAGCUCAGGAGGUAGAGCGGUCCGCCAGUAACUGGAAGGUUGGUGGUUCAAAGCCGGCCCUAUCCCUAGUCUGUCUGUUGCAUCCUUGGGCAAGACACUUAACCCACCUUGCUCCCAGUGUGUGUCCUCCACUGGUGAAUGAUAUUGAGUGUUGUGUGGUGGUGUUUGGAGAGUAGUGACUACUAAGGUAGUUUAUCACCACCACCAAGGUGUGACUGUGUGAGCGAAUGAAUGAUGUAUCCAUUGUAAAGCGCUUUGAGGUCUCUGACAAAAAAGCACUAUAAAAUCUGAUGCAUUAUUAUUAUUACUUUCAAGACCUGGAAAUUGAUCAAUUUACUUCCAUACUUUCCAUACUUGCGUAGGAACCCUAAAAGAUGCUGAAAUGUUCCUCAGAGCUGAAAAGAACAGCAAAGUAGUGUUCCCCUCACAAGUGACCAAUCACUGCAAAGCUGCACCACCCUGUCUACCAUUCGUCCAUGUCAAUCUGUGUCUGAUGUGAACUUGGUUCCAGGACUCACCACAUCCUGUAUACUUCACCACAGCUAAUGUCUGCAUUCAUAAAUGAUAUGAAGGCACAUAAUGGUUUCACAUUAUUUUUUAAUGGGCUGUGUGAGUAGAUGGUGCACUAAGAAAGCAUACAUGAGUGUUUUAUGCAAGCACUCAUUCUUAAAAAUGGAAUACAUAGAUGUAUUUCUGAACAUGACAGUGGACAGUUUUGGACCACUGAUCCCAUCAGACAUGUAUACAAAAUUAAACAUGGUUAUGAUUAUGGUUAUGGUUUUCUAACAACAAUGCUCUGGGUUGUUUGGAGGAAGAAGUCAGAGUCAGUAGUUCACGUAUUGAGCUUGGUAUUUGGUUCCAGGUCUAGGAUGCACGAAAUGAGAAUCAGAGGCGCUUUUUUGAAAUGGUACAACGCAGUCACCUCUGAGGCCUGCUCUGGUUGUUGAUCUACUGGAGUUUCUUUUAACAAACACUUGAAGUGGAGGCGCUCAUGCUUAUCCAAGAUCAAGCAGUGGUGUUAUGAUCUAGGUUUCUAACCCUAACUAUUAAAAGGCGUCUCUGGAUUCAUGAUGGAUUGAUCAUCUGUAAGGCAGUGAGGCGUGUUAAAUUGCAGCUCACUUGGUUGUUAUUAGUCAGAGAGAGAAUAUCUUACUACAUUUCAACACCUGCGCACAUGGCCACUUUUGAGGGUGCAGGUGUCAUAGCCCUGUCUCUAAAAUACCUAUCUCUUUAGUCAAAAAUUACUAUUCAAGUGUGCAGAAUAGUUAAGAAGACAAAGAGUUCAUCACGGGAGCUUUAACAGAGCCAGAUUGUUUUUCUUUAUUGUUUUCAGAUCAGGUGGUGGCCUUUAGUUAAACUCCUUUUAAGCCCUUAAGUUUUGAGAGCAGUACGUGGUUAAGGAAUGAACUAACAUUUUAAAAGCCUCAGAUGUAAAUUGAAUCUUUGAUUUCUUCUCGACACAAAACCGCCCCCGGAUGCAUCUCCUUAUUUUACUGGAAAACUUUGCAGCCACAACAACGAGAUGAAAUGGAGAAGGGAACUGCCUUUGACUUUGAGAGGUAAAUAGUGUACCGCAGAUCAAUAAAUCCUCAAUUGCUCUGAUGCAUUAAGUGUAUUUUACCGGAUUAAACGGGGAUUCGAAACAUUUGCUCUGCCCACUUUUAGUUUAGUUUAUAAGGCAGAGAUAUAACCACUGAAGCAAACAUUGGCAGUAACACAGAAGAGACCGGGUUGCUUACUGCUUACACAGAACUUCAGUUGGGAUGCUCGCAGGUUUAUUCUUUCUCCUCAUGCUCACAGGUAAGCAGUAUAAUGCAUGCAGGUUAUUUAUGCCUCUAGGCUGUGAUUUCUGAGUUUGUACUUUACUUUAAGACUGUCACAGAAACUGUCAGUGCAGGGAGCAGGACAGCUGCUGGGAUGCUCUUUCUUGCGAAUAGCAGCUUGAAGCUUCAUGUGACAAGUUUUUUUUAAGUCAAGGUUUUACAUGUUGAACUCCGUAUUGUGGUGCUCAAGUCCACGGCUCAGGCUUCAGUCAGACUUCGGUCAUGAUUUUCAGGACUGCAUCCUUUUCUACACUUCACUUUGUCCUGUUUUUACUUCAGAUGGGGCAUUAUCUGUGUGCAGUUAUCGGGAUGUUGUCGAGUAUCUGAACUUCACCAAAAACAAAGACAUAAUGACCAUGACGCUGCCUCUCAAAAACUCUGAGAAUUCAACAGAAGUUUUUCUAGAUGUCCUAAUCUAUGCAAUCCUGGAUGUGGUAAGUACUCGCUCCUGUCGCCUUUUUUCUUCACAGAAUGUCGCAAAAUCAUUUGGUUUGUUUUGGAUAGUCAGGUUGCUGGCCUGCUACUUGAGGUUUAAUGUGAAGAGCAAUUUAAACAAACCUGGCUUACAUCAGAGCUCAUCAGUAAGUCUGGGAGAACUCCUAAUGGCUCUCAUGGGUGAGUGAGAGUAUAAAACCUUUAAAGGUGGCUCCUCUUCAUUGGUUUUGUCAUUCGCUUUCAUUAACUCAUUGGAAAUACAGGAAUAAGUUAUUCGGAGUGACGAAUUUUUAGAUCAGGAGUGGGGGAAAUAUUGUGCAUUUUUAACAUCCUGCAUUCUACCUUAACAAUUUUGUAGAAUCAUUGUUUCACUAACCAAAACAAAAACGGUAUUUGUCAAAUGUUAAAUCAUUUGUGAUGUAUCGCAGUUCGUCAUUGUCCUGUCUGGUCAAGGAGAAACAGUCGUCAACAAACAUUAUGUUAAAGGUGGGGUAGGCAGGAUCUGAGGAAGUGCAAGUUUUUGGGAGAAAUCUUGAGUGUAAACGCAACCCCUCCGCAGCUCUUCCUCUCCCCUCCCCACUUCAGAUGAUUACAAAUGGGGCCCAGUCAACGUAAAAGUAAAAACCAUUGGUGCUACUGUAGAUGUCAACGGACAACAAGCAAACACAAUGUUUGCACAGCAGCAUCCUGACUUUGUAUUAACACCUGAUAUAAAAUCAUUAAUACCUCUUUUUCUUUGCUCUAGAGAGAGAAGGACCAGCAGUUUGUCACUUACCUUUGGGUUGAUAUGGUGAGUGUUGGAAAAAUCAUCACCCUUCACUCCAAUGAAAGAUGAAAUUCAACUUGAAAAAAUUAACUUUGUUUCUCUUUUUACCUGCACAGUCUUGGUUUGAUGAGUAUUUAUCUUGGAAUUCUUCUCAUUUUUGUGAUAUCGACUCAAUUUAUGUUCCUACUAAAUCGGUGUGGACGCCUGAUAUAGAAAUCAAAGAAAUGUAAGUUUGAGUUCUCUCACGCUCAUAAAUCUACAUACACUAAACUUUGAAUAAUGUGUAAAAAGUCAAAGCAGUUCAUUCCAAUAAUAAUUUACACAGUACAAUUACAGGUCAGUGCACAACUUCAGUAAAACUUAAGGUUUCAGGUGUGAUAUCUUUAGUGGUGGAAAUGUGUACAACAACACAGGAUGUGAACAGGUUUAGAGCACAUAUCCAGAGGAUAGGCAUGAACAAGACUAUUCACACAAAGCUAUGAAUGGUAUUGUGAGGCACUGGGUGUAAAACCUUAAAGUGGGUGUUUGUUCCCAUGCAGGACAGGGAGGGAUAAGUCCGCUCAGAACCCUUUUCUCAUCAUUAAGAGCAAUGGUGUAAUAGGGUUGAGAAAUGACAUGGUUGUUGUCAGCAGCUGCAAGUUGCGCGUUUACAAAUUUCCCUUCGACACUCAGAUAUGCAACCUCACCUUCAAGUCUGUCAUUCACUCUGGUAAGCCCCUCAGCUGCUUUCUCAAAGUCCUUAUGAAGUUUUUUUGGUGACCUGAACACAAAUAUGACACACUCUUCUCUGAAUGAGGUAAACUCACAGUUUUUUUUUUUUCUUAUCCUAUACAACAGAAAAGCACUUAAAGCUUGUUGCGUUAUCCUCUGCUGACGGUAUGACAGAAUGGUCUCUGAAGAUGAUGCAGUACCAGUCUGAGUGGAUUCUCCUCAACAUGACGUUCUCCGGUGAAACUGCCGAUAAUUUCGGUGUCAACCAAAGCAUGGUUGUUUACACUGUAAGUAUUUGUGAAUUCAAACCAACAUGGAUAGCAGAAAGUACACACUUUGUAUCAAAGCCAGCCUCUACUGGGUAAAGGUCCUUACAUACCGGGACCAGCGCAAGUAUACGACGCGAAAUUACGAAAUAUUUGGAGGCGAAUUUUGACGCGCCUGACUAUACACAUCAAGCGUGAUGCAAUUUUGCGACAUUCUGGGGGGAAAAGGCGGUGGAGUGGUCAUAUGUAUCAUUUAAUGUGAGAAUUUACAUUAAACUGUAAAAACACAGCUGUUUCUUGUAGUGUUCUGCUGACACCUACCGCCUGGCGCUUGUUCGCAGCCUCCCUGUUUGAGCCUACGAGUUUGUAAAGUUACUACUGUACACUCUUACAGAUCACCAUGAAGAGGCGCUCAGUACUCUACAUCGUCAACUUCCUUUUACCUGUCCUGUUGUUCUUGGGUCUGGAUUUGGCCUCCUUCAUGAUCUCUGACAGAGGGGGCGAAAAGCUCAGCUUCAAAGUUACUGUAUUGCUCGCCGUCACAGUGAUGCAGCUUAUUCUGAAUGAAAUCCUGCCGGCCUCUUCAGACAGGAUCCCACUUAUAGGUGAAGUAGCUCAUAUUCCUGAAUGUUAAAUGUUCAAUCUGAACUUUGUACUCAUUUUUUCCCUUUCAUUAUGCUUCUGUUUCUCUUAAGCGACCUACUGUAUUGGUAUUUUUGGUUUUAUGAUGUUGAGCCUCCUGGAGACGAUUUUGAGUAUGUAUCUGAUGGAGAAAGACUCAGAGUCCCAAGAUAACAAGGCAAUUAGAGACCAGAACCUGAGAACAGACUGCGGGGAAAAACGAGGCAAUGCUAAAUUAUGUAGCUGCUUUAGAGGUGAGAGUCGAGUUUGUUGUUUUUAUGGAAUCUCUGAUUACUUUUUUAAUUCUCUAAUACAAGGAUAUGUGUCGUCCUGUGUCGUUUUUCAGAUGUUAAACAGAUCCCCUGUGAUUUAGCUUGUGAUGUGUCUUCUGGUGAAACAACAUCUGAGCUGCUGCAGGUUGCAGCUAAGGUCAGGAUUACAUUAUGUUGCUCCUAUACUUGAACUGAUAUCCAUGGAUUCUUAAACAAGACUCCUGAAAUUUUAAGAUAAAAUAAUGAAUGAAAAAUGUAAUCUUAAUGUUCUCUAACCCCAUAUGGUUGAAAAACUAUUUCAGACAAGCCACAGUCCACUGUCAGCGGAGUCCCAUGACUUUGAAAAGGAGUUGACGAAAAUGUUGUCUCUGCUCUUGGACAGCAGAACAAAAGAGGAGAAGCACGGCUACUGGACCAGAAUGGCCCAAAAGAUCAACACAGUUUUCUUCAUUUUCUACAUCACAACUAUCAGCAUGUUUUUCGUCUUCAUGUAUUAUAAAUGGAACACAGAGGGAUAG